AUGAUUAGAAAUCUCCCUGACGAGUUGAUAGCGAAAAUUAUAGACUACAACGUGUCCACCGCAGAUGUUGCCGUAUGUCGUUUGGUUUGCAAGCGUUGGAGUCAUCUCGCAGAGCCAUUGAUGUUUGGUAAACAAAUCACUAUCAGAUCUGAAGCAGAUGCUCUUUCACUCUACGGUCAUUUAUGCAGAAAUCCGCGCUAUGGAAAGCUUGUCAAGCGUAUACAUUUUCAAGAGAGUGACAUUAUGUAUGCCCUUCUAGAAGGUUUAUUGCACUUUAUACUCACGCCAAACAUGGAAAAGAUGACAGGGCGGUUAUCUUCUGGACACAGCUUCUUUCGCACAGCAUGCAAGAUUGCAAAAGCAUCAACAGCAAAGUUUGAUAGAUUGCAGGUUUUACCAUAUCCUUUGUACUCUUCCAAUGCCUACGAUGACGCCUUGAUUGCAUUCAAAGACACGUUGCGUGAAAUGGUGUUGGUGCUCGAUGCUAACCAAAUUCAAGCAGGCGUCGGCAUCGACAGCUUUAUCAUGGAUUUCAAAUCUUUAGUCCACCUCACACUGAACGGAAGUCUUGGAUCAUUGUUUCUUAUGGAGGAAUUCUUGCAGCAUUGUUCAACAUUGGAAGAGUUGACAAUCCAUCUUCAUCUCGCAGACAAUGUGCACGAAAAGACCUUUGUAGAGACUUGGGCAGUGCCUAUUGUCAAGGCUAUGAAUAGCGUCAAGAAAGUAACGUUCAAACAGGAGUGUCGAUCAGAUCAAUUGGAAUACAUCAGGAUCAAAUACCCUAAAAUUAAUACCUUGAUUAUCGAUGUGCAUACAACACCAUUAAUUGUAGGCAGAAACAAUAUCAAGCGCAUAGUAAAAGCAAUGAAGGGAGUGCCCACUUACAACAUCAAACUGCUGAUCAAAGAAGGCAACCUAGAAGAUAUGAUUGGGCAUCUCUUGGACGAAGGAUAUCAGUUCAACGUUAAAGAGGCUGAUUUUGACCAAUUUAAGAUUGAAAUGGAAAGCCCUUCUCAAUAA